UGUACUAGGUCAGCUGACUUAAGAAUGUACAAGUUACAAAACAUUUCAAUCGGUAGUUCACGAGCUUGACUAACAGGACAACAAAAGCGGAAAUUACUCGUAUAACUUUACCUUUGCUGUAUGUAGUCACCAAGAUACCUCUGUGAAUGGAUCCUACUCCUACAACUACUCCUACCACCACCACGGCAACGUUGCCAAGCGACUGCGAGACUGGGACGAGUUCUUAUUGGAGCUGGUGGCCUUCCUGGCGUCCAACAUCCAUGUCCCUUUUGAAGGCUACAGAGAGCAAGAUUCUUACCUGUAUUCAAAAUAAUCUCUGGGCAAGGUUUGUGACACUUCCAAACCAGGAUCGAAUAUGGACGCUAACCCUUACAAACAAAAUGCUUUCAAAAUCUGUAGAGCAAGAUGUUAAAAUUCCGCUGGUAAUGGUCCAUGGUUUUGGAGGCGGGGUAGGCCUUUGGAUUAGGAACCUCGAUGCCCUGAGCCGGUCACGACCAGUUUAUGCCUUUGACCUCCUUGGCUUUGGUAGGAGCUCCAGACCUUCUUUCCCAUCUGAUGCAGUCAAAGCCGAGGAGCAGUUUGUUAACUCCAUAGAGCAGUGGAGGCAGUCUGUAGGUCUGGAGAACAUGAUUCUGUUGGGCCAUAGCCUGGGCGGUUAUCUUGCUACAUCCUAUGCCAUCCAAUACCCCUCGAGAGUGUCCCAUCUUAUCCUGGUUGAUCCUUGGGGUUUCCCCGAGAGACCACAGAUCCAGAGCCAGGAAAUCCAGGGUAACUCCACAGAGUUGGUAAAGAGACCAUCUCCACCUCGCUGGGUGAAAGCAAUUGUUUCCGUAGUUUCCCUCUUCAACCCGCUGGCUGUUAUCAGAGCGGCAGGCCCAUGGGGUCCCGGAUUGGUGAACCGAUUUCGUCCGGAUUUCAAAAGAAAAUUUGAGGAUUUGUUUGAUGAUGACACAAUGACGCAGUACAUCUACCACUGUAACGCUCAGCCUCCCAGUGGCGAGGUAGGUUUCCGGGCCAUGGCUGAGUCUCUGGGUUGGGCCAAGAGACCUAUGCUCCAGCGGGUCCAUCUCCUACCCAGCUCCAUGCCACUAACCAUGCUGUAUGGGGCCCAGUCAUGGGUAGAUAGUUCCUCUGGGGACCAAGUGACCCAGGUUAGGAGCCCUGCUCGCACCAAAGUGCUGCUAAUACAUGAUGCUUCUCACCACGUAUAUGCUGAUCAACCAGAGAAGUUCAACAGAGUGGUAGAAAACAUAUGCAACUCCGUUAACUGAAUAUAGUUUAUUUGUAUGUACUAUAAUUCUUGAAGCCAAAUUCAGAAGGUUUCUGCAUGUGCAAUAGUGAGCUUCUUAUGUGAUAAUAUAUUUCCUGUUCUCAUAUUUGUAAUUUAUUCAUAUAUAAUAUCAGUACUCUGUUGUUAUUAUUAUUAUUAUUAUCUUUUUUUUUUCCAAGACAUACACUGUAUUCAGCUCCUGUAGCAGCAAAUUAUAAUGUAGCUGUUCCUUUGCUUGAGUUAGGCAUAAGAAUAGAUUUGGAAAAUUACUGUUAUAUAUGACAUUUUGCUAUGUAAAAAAGUGCUUUAUGUAUAAAAUUUUGGUUUUGGAAAUUGCUAAAGGUCAAAUUUUGCUUGUGACUGAAAUUUGUACUAAUAAAACAAUUUAUUUUUUAUUUGUGAAGAUAAAAACAUUAUAUUAAAUAGUUUCAUCAAUAGCACAGCAUCAUCUAUAGUUGAGUAUCAUUGACUAUUUAUUUAUUUAUUUAUUUAUUUAUAUAUAGCAGUAAUCUUUGCAACGAUUGCUUGCAUUCAUGCUUUUUCGUCAUAUUUUUCUUCCUAUAAAUGGUUGAUUACGCACAAGCCUUAAGAGAUUUGUUGUUAUUGAAGCUACUGAAAUUUUGCGAUUUUAUCAUCCACCACUAGAUUGCAGUGGCAUGCUUCAUGCCGGUUCGGCUGCGUUUGUUUUGAGGACUGGUGACUUGGGGGAAAUCUUUUCAUGGACACCUUCUAAACUAUGCAUAGAAGGUAUCUGCCAUCUUUUUUUUUUUUUGCA